AUGGGUAAGGAGAAGAUGCACAUUAACGUGGUCGUUAUCGGCCACGUCGACUCCGGAAAGUCCACCACCACCGGCCACUUGAUCUACAAGUGCGGUGGUAUCGACAAGCGUACUAUCGAGAAGUUCGAGAAGGAAGCCGCCGAACUCGGUAAGGGUUCCUUCAAGUACGCAUGGGUCCUCGACAAAUUGAAGGCCGAGCGUGAGCGUGGUAUCACCAUCGAUAUCGCUCUCUGGAAGUUCGAGACUCCCAAGGCCGACUGCGCCAUUCUCAUCAUUGCCGCCGGUACUGGUGAGUUCGAGGCUGGUAUCUCCAAGGAUGGCCAGACUCGUGAGCACGCCCUUCUCGCCUACACUCUCGGUGUCAAGCAGCUCAUCGUUGCCAUCAACAAGAUGGACACCACCAAGUGGUCCGAGGAGCGUUACCAGGAGAUCAUCAAGGAGACCUCCAACUUCAUCAAGAAGGUCGGCUACAACCCCAAGCACGUUCCCUUCGUUCCCAUCUCCGGCUUCAACGGUGACAACAUGAUUGAGGCUUCCUCCAACUGCCCCUGGUACAAGGGUUGGGAGAAGGAGACCAAGGCCAAGGCCACUGGUAAGACCCUCCUCGAGGCCAUUGACGCCAUCGACCCUCCCAGCCGUCCCACCGACAAGCCCCUCCGUCUUCCCCUCCAGGAUGUCUACAAGAUUGGUGGUAUUGGCACGGUGCCCGUCGGUCGUGUCGAGACCGGUAUCAUCAAGGCCGGUAUGGUCGUCACCUUCGCCCCCGCUGGUGUCACCACUGAGGUCAAGUCCGUCGAGAUGCACCACGAGCAGCUUGUCGAGGGUGUCCCCGGUGACAACGUCGGCUUCAACGUCAAGAACGUCUCCGUCAAGGAGAUCCGUCGUGGCAACGUUGCCGGUGACUCCAAGAACGACCCCCCCAAGGGUGCCGAGUCCUUCAACGCCCAGGUCAUCGUCCUCAACCACCCUGGUCAGGUCGGUGCCGGUUACGCACCAGUCCUCGACUGCCACACCGCCCACAUUGCUUGCAAGUUCUCUGAGCUCCUCGAGAAGAUUGACCGCCGUACCGGAAAGUCUGUUGAGAACUCUCCCAAGUUCAUCAAGUCCGGUGACGCCGCCAUCGUCAAGAUGGUUCCCUCCAAGCCCAUGUGCGUUGAGGCUUUCACUGACUACCCUCCCCUCGGUCGUUUCGCUGUCCGUGACAUGCGUCAGACCGUUGCCGUCGGUGUCAUCAAGUCCGUCGCCAAGGCCGACAAGGCUGGCAAGGUCACCAAGGCCGCCCAGAAGGCUUCCAAGAAAUAA